UUCCGGGCGGGCCAGGCCGAGCCCAGGCCGUGGGUGCGGAGGGCGGCGCCGCGGGGUGGGGGCCGAUGGGUCCUGGCGGACGGAAGGCGCCGGCGCGGGGCUCGCCUGGACGCGGGUGUGCGGGGCUGUGAGGGAGCGAGGCGGGCGCUGCGGCCCGCCCGGGAUGGGCCAGCCCUGGCCUGGCGGGGCUGAGCCGAAGGCGAGGGCGGCGCGCGGGCCAGGCCUGCCGGGCGGGCGGCCCGGGGGCUGAGGUAGAAGUGGGCGCGGAGGAAGGGGCCGAGCCAAGGCGGUGGGUGGAGCGGCGAGGGGGGCGGAGGCUGGGCCGCGGCGGGCGAGCGGAGCGGAGCGGCGCGCCUGUCCGGAGCUCGGCUGUGGCGCCGGAGGAGGCUGCGGCGGCGGCGGCCCGGACGAGCGUCCGGAGGUGGCGGACGAGGCGCCGGGGGCCCCCAUGGGCGGGUGUGUGGGCGCCCAGCACGACUCCUCGGGCAGCCUCAACGAGAACUCGGAGGGCACCGGAGUUGCUCUAGGUCGUAACCAGCCUUUGAAAAAAGAGAAACCAAAAUGGAAAAGCGAUUAUCCUAUGACAGAUGGACAACUACGCAGCAAGAGGGAUGAAUUUUGGGAUACUGCACCAGCUUUUGAAGGCCGGAAAGAGAUAUGGGAUGCCUUGAAGGCUGCUGCACAUGCUUUUGAGAGCAAUGAUCAUGAACUUGCACAAGCAAUCAUUGAUGGUGCAAACAUAACAUUACCACAUGGUGCACUUACAGAGUGCUAUGAUGAACUGGGGAACAGAUAUCAGCUUCCAGUGUAUUGCUUGGCACCACCAAUCAACAUGAUAGAGGAAAAGAGCGACAUAGAGACUCUGGAUAUUCCUGAGCCACCACCCAAUUCUGGAUAUGAAUGUCAGCUUCGUUUGCGCCUUUCCACAGGCAAAGACCUCAAGCUUGUGGUUCGCAGCACAGACACAGUAUUCCACAUGAAGAGACGGUUGCAUGCAGCAGAGGGAGUGGAACCAGGUAGUCAGCGGUGGUUCUUUUCUGGCAGACCUCUCACUGACAAAAUGAAGUUUGAAGAGCUGAAGAUCCCAAAGGACUAUGUUGUACAGGUUAUAGUGAGCCAACCUGUGCAGAACCCAACACCAGUGGAGAACUGAACUGAGCCCUGUUGGCUGGCUCCCACAUCCGUCUGCUCCUUUUUAUUGUUAUUGUUGUCAUUUCCUACUCUACGGCGUGAAAUUUAUUUCACUGCUCUAAAUUCCCUAUGAAUGGAUUUAGUUCUGAGGAAUUACCAGUGAAAAAUUCCAUCUGUGAUGGAGACCAACAAAAAUAAUAAAACACAAAGAGCCAGGCUUUGAGACUCAUGUAAUUACAAUUUCUAAUUUGAAAGGCAGUUAAGAAAUAGAUAACCAUUUAUUUUAAAACACUCAACAACUAUGUAAUGGCUGUAUUUCAGUGACUUGGACUGUAAAUGAAACAUUGCAUCCAUGAAGGACAGCACCAAGCACCUUUUUGAAUACAGAAUUUUUUUAGAAAAAUGUAUCAAAUUAUGUAAUUUCCAGAAACCAUAAAUAAUGGAUAUAAAACUUAAGUUUUCUUUUUUUUUUUUUUUUUUGUUAAUGGAAACUGAAAAGAGCAGUAUUUGAGGUUGCUUCUGUUCUGGUUUUUUAUUCUUAGCUCAAUUAAUAUUUAGCCAUAAAUGAAAAGAGACUGGCAAAUUGUGCUUUAGUGUUGCUUCCUCAUCCCACAUGUUGAGCUCCUUAUUUACAUUCACACUAAAGUUUGGUGCCUUCCAGCACAUUAGUGGCAGGCACCUUUCUGGAACACUAGGCAAUAAUUUCGUCAAUACAGUCAGGUCUCUGAUUUUCAAUGGAUACUCAGUUGAAAGGUCGCUGUCAUCUUGCUGCAUAAGUAUUUUGAAAGGUCUAUAUAAUGAAGCCGUUUUUAUAUCCAGGCUUAGAAGUUCACUACUAUAUAGUACCUUCAUUGAUCUAUCUAUUCUGCUUGGAACUUUUCAUAGCUAAGUAUAACCCCCAAAUGCAUGGUUCCUGGGCCAGGAAACACCAGAAUCAAGUAUAGCUGUUCCCACUACAAGUUAAUAAAGUAAAUGAUCUCCUCCACUUUGCAUGGAGGGGUGUAAGGAAAGCCUAUUCUAUCUGUGCCUGGGAGAAGUGUGCCUAUUUUCAAUCUUUUAGGGGAAAUUUCAACUCAAAAUUUCUAAGUGUGAAAAGUUUACUGGUGUCACAUAAACAUUAGCAGUGAGACCAAAUAAUGAAACAUUGCUUUAUACCUUAGUGCUUUCCAGUUCACUGUUACCUCUAGUCAUGGUAGAUGACAAUUUUCCUCCCUCAUCCUUUGUAGCAAAGAAGCAAAUUAAGAGUCUUUUGCAAGUUAGAUUAGGGGACUGAAAAAUCCAGGGAGAUAACCUGAUUCUUCUCUACUAUGACUGGAGUAAAGCUGCCAAGAGUUAGGUUUAAUUUGGAGCCUUUUAAAAGUUGGUUCCAUAAGUGAGAAGGGGGGGCUAACAUGUGACCACUGUGCCCCUGAGAAUCCAUGAGAUGGAAAAGUACAGGCAAGAAGGCACUUAACGCUGUUCUCAGUCAGAAAAUGUCAGCCCACCACACCUAUUUGGAUGUGAAGUGCAUUAUUAAUUUUAAUGACAAAAUAAAACUGCUAAUUAGUUUAAAUGUAAUGUUUAAAUGGUAUUGAAUUUCCUAUAGCCUGAUUAAAUCUGUAAUUGUAACAUCAUGUUUCUGAGAGCUUUAACUACUUCCUUAUUUUUAUGUAAUCAUUUUAAAGAUUGUGGCUAUAUCUAAUUUAAAUUUGCUGAUGAUUGAAUCUAAAUUCAAGCAAAGACCACAGCAUUAAUCCCAAAGGAGAAUUUUUUUUGUGUUUAGAGGUGGAGAUAUUAGGGUAAUUCAGUGUACUGCUCCUGUCAUCAAAGUUUUUGUUCAUUUGUAUGCCACAUCGAAUAGCAGCACUUCUCAAAGUUUGUCAACUGGAAAAGAAAAAGUGUUUAAAACUAUUUUUUCUUAAGCAAAUUUGUUGAUGUCAUCCAUAUUUAUGAUAUCGAUUGGUAAAAGGUCUUUGUUGAGGGUUUGAGCUCUCUUUUUUAAGAGUUUAUUUUAUUUUAAAGGAACAUAUACUUUGAAUAACAAUUCUCUGGGCAUGUUUAACUAACCUAGAUGGGAAAACCAUGGUGCUGUUUAAUUGUAAAUAGAUUGCUAUAAGAUUGGACCAGUACUUGAUGUGUAUAAUUUUAGUACGUAGGGUUUAUGUGCUUUUUUUUAAAAAAAAAAAAAAAAGUUCAAUUUUUC